AUGUCUGACGCCGGCACCAAUGGCGCCGAUGACCUCCAGCGCGCCACCGAGGCCGGCUGGCAGAAGCCUAUACCCUUCGAGUACCAGGCUGCUGGCGGUGCUGCUGGACCUGAUGACGAGCCUGAGAAUGUCAAGUGGCUGUCGGACGCCGUCGUCUACGAGUUCAUCGACGACAUCGGAGAAGUGGGCGCUCCUGAUCUGGCGCUUGAGAAGCAACUCUUCGAAGACCCUGACAUGCAGCGCCGUGGUACUGAAGCUGGUAUGAAGAACCUGUCUUUCGAGAUCAAGAUAGACGGCCCGGAGAAGAUCGCGCCUUUCCGCAACUUCGAAGACGCUGGUUUGCACCCUGCCGUUCUUGAGAAUGUGCAGCGUUGCCAGUACGACUCACCGACACCAAUCCAGGCCUACUGCAUCCCGGCUGUCUUGACUGGCCACGAUGUUGUUGGCAUUGCUCAGACUGGUUCUGGCAAGACUGCGGCUUUCCUACUGCCCAUGCUUUCCAAGCUGAUGGGUAAGGCUCGCAUCCUCGCAGCACCGCGUGCCACACCGCAGAACCCUCGCGUCCGCGCUGAGCCGCUCGUGCUUGUCGUCUGUCCGACUCGCGAGCUGGCUUGCCAGAUUUUUGACGAGGCGCGCCGCCUGUGCUAUCGCACUCUCCUGCGUCCUUGUGUCAUCUACGGUGGGGCACCGACUAGAAACCAGCGUGAACAGCUGGAGAAGGGCUGCGACAUCCUGAUCGCCACACCCGGUCGCCUCAUGGACUUUAUGAAGAACCCGAACCUCCUCUCUCUAGCUCGCCUCAAGUUCACCGUCAUCGACGAAGCCGAUGAGCUGUUGUCUUCUGGUUGGGAGGAGACCAUCGAUAGUCUCUUCGGUGCUGGUUCUGACACCAACGUCGACGCUGACCACACCUACAUGAUGUUCUCGGCUACGUUCUCGAAGGAAGCCCGCAAGCUUGCCCGUGAACACAUGGAAGAGGACUUCGUACGUAUCAAGGUCGGUCGUAUCGGUAGCACACACAGCAACAUCAAGCAGUCGAUCAUCUACGUGGAGGAUCAGCAGAAGAAUCAAGCGCUUUUCGACCUUAUCUUCUCCGAGGGUCCCCAGCGCACUCUGAUCUUCGUUAACUCGAAGGCCAAGUGCGACAUCGUUGACGACUUCUUGUACAACAAGGGCCUCCCGUCCACGUCUAUCCACUCUGACCGCACUCAGCGUGAGAGGGAGGACGCUUUUUCCUUCAAGGGCUUGGAUGUGGCUCUCGUCAAGCACGUUAUCAACUACGAUCUUCCUUCGACGAUGCAUGAUGGCAUCACGGAGUACGUUCACCGAAUCGGCCGUACUGCGCGUAUUGGCAACGAAGGCAAAGCAACUUCCUUCUACAAUGACCGCAACGACGACUUGGCGCCGAAGCUCGUGAAGCUUCUGCUGGAGGCCAAGCAGGAGGUUCCCGACUUCCUCGAAAUGCAUAAGCCUGAGGAUCCGGACAACAUCGAGUGGCACGAUGGCACUGAUGACGAGUCUGAGGCUGGCGACUUUGGUGGUGACUUUGGGGGCGGUUUCGGUGGUGCUGACACUGAUGUUGGUGCUGGUGCUGGUGCUGGCUUCGAACCCAACGCUGGAUUCGGUGGUGAUGCCGUCUUUGGUGGUGGUGAUACUGUCGGCUUCAGUGACGGCGGUGAUAGAUCCGGCGGUGGCGAUGACUUUCAGCCGGAUGGCGCCGAGAACAAGGUUGAUGGCUGGUAA